AUGCGACCCGGUUCCGAUUCGGGUAUUUUCACAAAAUCCGAAUUACAAUCCGCGGUUUUCCAGAAGUCUCGUGCGCUACCGAUCUCCGUGGAGCCAGAAGACGACGCCUUGAAGCAGAACAGGUUGCCAUUAUCCGAGGAGCUCAGCCCUCUGGUGGAACCCCACCAUCCGUUGGUGGGAUCUCAGCUUCCUCGAGCUUCUCCGAGACCUCGUACAAGGCUUCCGAUAAUAACCUCAGAAAGUUCUCGCCACAACGAGUCCUCGACUCGUUUCGAGAAGUGCGCUAUUAGUGUAUCAAUGCCAGAGAAUAGUGAAGUCGGCACGUUGGUCACCACUCUGAAGGUGCUGAACAGGAAGAAGUGGACAUUGAUUGAUAUGGUGGAUCCUGAUGGGACCUUUGAGAUUCGACAAAAAACUGGCGAAGUGGUUAUUCGCGAUAACCGGAUCAUGGAUCGAGAAUUAUUCACCAACCUCGAACUCGUUGCUGAAAUUCAUGGUUCAUCUCAUCUGACAAAAUGCGCUCGAGUUCGCGUCAAUGUGGAAUUACUCGACCAAAACGACAAUCGUCCUACCUUCGAGAAGGAGAAGUAUGUGAAUUUCUAA